UUCUUUUGUAGGCAAAAAGCGACAAGAUGGCGAGGGUGUAAAGAUACAUUGAGGAUCGAUUUAUGGAACGUUUUUGCCCGUUGUAGAAGCUUAAAAGCUCCAACUUUGUGUUCUUAAAAGUUAUUCUGGUCACCGAGCGCGUAUUAUGUUGAACGAUCUGCUCUGACAUUGGCAGGUAGUGAAGACUUGCGACGCAAACAAACGAUUGGAGAACUGGGGAAAUUCGAUCGCGAGGGUGCUGUAAACAAAGGUUACUUUUAUUUCGUGACCAAAUGGAUGACCGUUGCAGCUCUCCCGAGAUCGAUGUUGUUGGAAUACGCGAUAAAUGUCGACGAAUUUCCCAUCGAAGAGAAAUGUUGUCAACUUACUCGGGCAGAAACGCUAGGAACAUUCAUCGAGCGAAUCAACGCGGCGCGAAUCUACCCGCGGCAAAUACAAAAGCGAAAGGCAAGAGCAAAGUAGAGACCGUCAAUCUUCGGGUUCGAAACAUGGGAAUUAUCAGGGUAAAGAAAGAGCCAGAGGAGGAAGAGGAUUGUGAGGUUUCUUAUUCUCUGAGUUCUCUUCUAGACGAGUGUGAUUUCGAACAAGCGCCGCGUAGGAAGGCCAGAGCGCUGAAAUCACCGACUUCUCUUGCACUCGCGCAGUCGAAAUCAGUGGAACCAGUUCGUCCUAAUUCGGUACGACCAAGGCAAUCCUUGGAAAAUGUCAUCAGUUCACUAAAAUCUGCACGAGAUACAAGUGUAAAUAAACCCAGGUCUUCAACCAACAGGGCACCUAGCUUUCAGAAUCCUGUGGUCCCUAUAUCACUGCCCACUCAUAUACUUUCUGUAGCACCUGCUCCACACAACUCGCUCAGUCCUGGAGCUCAAGGUGCUUCUGUACCACAGAUUAUUGAUGUACGUUCCCUAGCUACCAGUCCUCAUACUGUAUCAACUGGAACAGCUGCCAAAACUACUUUAAAUUUGUCAACUUCAAAACCAGUUACCCCUCAAUCAGUCCAGUUAAGCAGUAGGGCUCUUAGUGGUGCUUAUCCCUCACAAGGUGCCAUGGUGACAAGGCCGUUCAGUGCUGGUUCUCCUGCACAAAGUAUGCGUAAUGUGCCCUUAACUAAGCUGCUGACUCAGGGAGUUCAGGUUCCAAGUGCAAAACCAGCUACUGCAGCCUCGAAGCCUCUAAAUAUCAGAUUUGUUUUACCUGCUACUGCCCCAUUCAACACAACUGAAUUUCAGCAAAUUCUGCAGGCUGCUCUUGCUGCUGUGGUCAGCCAAUCCAAAGGGGUUGAUGCCAGUCUGUUGCAACAAGCAAUCCAAGAAGCACUAGUAACUGUAGCUAAGUCUCCUCAGCCAUUUAGUGUUAUGGAGCUGAAGGGAGCAAUACAGGAUUCUUUGGCAAAAUUGGUCGCACUUUCAGCUUCACCCACAAGAGUGUCAAGGCAGCAAGUCGUUGCACCCAAGCCACCAAAUACAUACACUUCAACAGGUAGUGUUAAACAGUUAAAAACCUCUUCAGGUACAGCUAUGAGUGGAAUAAAUCCCACUUAUUCACCCCUAACUGUCACAUCUAAGAAUGUUGGUCCCAUCACACAAACUGGCGCUCUAACUUCUGGUGUUGAUACUUCAUCAUCAACAUCUUUGAAUUCUGCUAGAGAUGCCCUUGUUAAAGCACUACAAGAAAAGAGGAUUUUAAACAGUCCUCAGUCUUUGUCCUCUACAACAUCAAAAUUCACAUCUGACAUUUCACCAUCAGUUCCAGAACCUGUUUUCAUUGAUGAGCCAUGUUCAGAGUCCUCCCCACCUUCGCCAGAGGUACCCAUGUUACAAGAGCCUACUAUGGUUGCUUCUUCUAGGCCUCUGAACACUACCAGCAAGACAAAACCUGUGGCAUCCACACCAGCAUCAGUUCCUUCUUCUACUAUCUCUACUACUCAUACAAAUCCAUCUCCCCAAGAUACAAUUUCACAAGCUCAAGUGGUAACAUCUACUGGAAAUUCUCCAAGCACCAAGAAAGCACCUUUUACACCUAGCAACAGUAAGAACACAACACAACCAAGGAAAGCUGUGAAAGGUGGUUGUGGAGGUGGAUGCUGUCAAUUCUGUCGCACCUGUCUUGAAAAUGAUAAUACCUGUGGGCUUCCUUCAUGCCAGAAGACAUUUCCUUCCAAACAAGCUCUUAGAAAACACUACUAUUUCAAUCCCAAUCAUGCUCUUCGGAUCCCCAUAGAGAAGGCAUCAGUUGCAUGCGAGAACUUCUUACCCUUGGAGCUUAAUGAUUUGCACCGUAAAGCAAGAAUACGGGAAUUAUUCAAGCGCAUUGACGAUGAUGAAUUGAAGGAAUUGCUCUUGCCUCGUCUGGCCAAAAUUGUCUCACUUUUCCAGUUACUGGAGCAAAAGUCCCUUCGUGUUAGUCUGGGCAGUAUCUCUGCUUUCAAAAUGUUUACAGAGUUUGAACGCUUUAGAAAGGAAGUGGAGGCAAGUUUGCUAGACUUGAUUUUGCAGCCCCAAGGCAAAUCUUGUGGUAGGACUGGCAAACAAGACAGUGGUUUGAACAUUGACAAAACAGCAAAGAGAAAAACAGCUGAUACUAGUUUUGCACAAGGAAGUCAGACUGCUGCAAGUGCAUCAGGGCAAGAUGUAUCUAAAGACAGAUCAUCAUCAGCUACAAGUGCAUCCUUAGAAUUUCUUGCAGAUGGUAAUUCAGGAGGAGUUACAUCACAAACUACAAAGAAAACUAUGGACCUAGAAGUUGAAUCCUCAGCUGGGAAGACCACAACUGAAGCUCCCAAAGCUGCAUCACAGCCUGAAUCACCAGAGUUUACUUGCUUUCUUGGCAAUGAAAGAGAUGAAAAUAAAGAGGAAGUACCUACUGCUGUUACAAGUGGUAAGAAGUCAGCAGAUAAGAUGUCUUCACUCCCAGAUGUCUCAGGAAAGAAAACUGCAGAUGAAGCAGCCAAGACUAGCUCCCUAUCUGAGCCAGUGGAGGUGGUUAGCUCUGGUGCUGAAAAAACUGACUUAAAUACAAAAGAAGUGCUCAAUUCUGUUGCAAGUGGCACUGGUGCACCUGAAGACAAAAAUACUUCUUCUGCAGAGAAUAACACUGAACAUUCUGGCAAAGAUUUUGGUGAUGUUGAAAAGUUCUCCCAACCUGGAAUGACUACAAAACAGGAAGAUGUUAUACCAAGUGGAGAAGAUGGAAGAAAAGAGGACAAGCCAAACUCAAUUCCCCAGUCGGCUGUAGCAAACCAAGGUUUAAGUGAUCAUCAGAGGCCUGAAUCUUUGCAGCCAACUCAAGAAGAUGCUGGAGACAACACUGAGAAGUCAACUUUGAAAAAUUCCACAUCUUCUCCCAUGGAGACUGAUGAGUGCCUGCCACAGUAUGUAACUGGGGAGGGUAGGAUAUCUUCAGAAAUUGAGUCAACUGAUGUAUUGAUGGCAGAUCAGGAAGAAGCUAAUCACACCACCCAAGGUGAUGCAACAAAUUCAAGUAAAGAAGAGCACAAAAAUGAAUCUCAGAGAGACACUGUUGAAAAAAUUGAUGUUGCAAGGGGAGAGGGUGGCAAAGCACCUGUUUCUUCAGGAGGAGUGAGCCAGAAUACUGAGCAAAGCAACAAUGAGCAGACCGAAAGAGCUCUUGGAGUAAUGAAAGGAAUGGAUUCUGACACUUUUGAGGCACAGGUUAGUAAUUUUACAGACAACAGUUGUACGCAAAGGGACAAAAUGACUGCAGAACAUUCUGAUGGAGCAAAGGAGACUGUUCCCGUGAACACUGAAAUAUUAGGAAACACAUCCAAGGCUCAAUCUACAGAAGAACAAAUUAUGAUUCACAAUGAGGAUAAAACCAAUGGUGUAACCAAUGAAAAUACUCCAAAGCCAAAAACUAGCCAAGAAGAAACAGCAAAAAGUGGUAAAGAUAGUGUUAAACCAAAUGUGGCCUCUGAAGAUGUCAAGCUGCAACAAACUGUACAGUAUAAAGCUAUAGAGAGUCUUGAUGGAGACAAGGAAAUAGUUACCCCCGGCAGUAGCAAGGAAACAUUGCAUGAGGGUGGAAAUAUAUGUAACACAGUUGUUGACCAGGUCUGUGAAGAUGGAACAACAACUAGUGCUAAAAUUCCACUUGAAAAAAAAGGUGACAAGCAAGUGGUGGAGGUGACAAGUGAGAAAAGUGCUGAUACAAAAGCAGAUGCCAGCACUGAGAAGGAGUCCCAGGAAACUACUUCUGGUGAUGCUAAUGCAGCUGAGGCUUCUCCCUCAGAAAUUGAAGUUGGAAGUGACCAAAAGGUUGUUGCUAUUAGAAAAGAAAAAACUUUGAAAGAGACAUUAGAAGACCUUAUUUUGGAAGAUUUAGAUGAGUUGGAUGAAGGCAACUUAAUGGAUUUCAAUCUACCACUAGCAGUUAAGUGGGGUAGAGUAAUUAAAAAAGUCAAAGAAAACGAGGCUAAGAAGAUUGCCAGAAAGGAGAAUUACUCUGAUCAAGACAUGAAACAUUUCAUUUUUCACAAGCCUAAGGAAGCAGCAAAUGCUGUCAUAAUCGCGUGUUGCCAUGCGCAUCCAAGCUUCUUCCGAGCCUAUGUCAUGCCAGCACUGUUGGACAAACACAUUGAUGACUUUGGUGUGUUUGGUAAAAAACUUUUGAGUCGACUAUACCUCUCACAGCAGAAGUAUGUGCAAGUUCUUAGAAAUAACAUUGGUCCACAACUGGCAAAAAUACUUGGAAUAAACAUCUUCCCUACAUACAAAAGGAUACAAGACACCUGGGCCAUUGUUAAGAGGCCAGCAUGGACCACAAAUGGGCCUUCAGCAACGACAGUAUUCACCAUAGGGCCAGAAGAUGAGCAUGAAGUUCCUGAUGAUGCAGAAGGAAUAGAAUCUCGAGCAAAGACACUUGGAUCAUCAGUGCAAGAGCUACAUGGAUUUGUACAAAGUCAUGCUAACAGGGUAGAAGAGUCCCUCAAGAGAGCAUCAUCAGCAAACACUACCCUACUUGAUGGAAAUAAGAGGCAAAGGCUGGAAAAUUCAGAUGCCAAAACAGACGCAGCUCAAAGUGAAAAGGGUAACAAAAAACCAACACUGGCAAGCUCAGAAAUGACUGUACAAAAAGAAGCAAGGCAAUUGAAUGACGGGAUGAUGACACCAGUUGAAAAAGACAGUUCCAAGCCUGUCAAGCAAGGUGGUAAUAUGCAGAAAAAUAAAGCCAAGGAAAAACAAAAACAAGCAUUGGAUAAUUCAGCAGCACCAGAAUAUGACAUAGAGAAUGCAGGCUCCACAAGUUCAUCAAGUGCAUUAGGAAAAGAAACUUCAGCCUCACAAGAAUCUGAAGACAACAAGAAAGCUGAUACAAAAGGUGCUGAACCUAUGAGUGUUGAUCAAGAACAAAAGCAAGAUGAUAAAUCCAAAGAUCCACAGGCAACAGGGAGUUCUGGGGCUGUUGAGAAACUUUCCAGUCGCUUCAGCACUGCACAGUCAACCCCUACUGCUUCAAACUUUACAGACCAACCAGCACCUUCUACCACAACAAGUCCUUCAUCUCUUAUCCCUCCAAAAGCAACCAUCUACACUAACCCCACUGGAAAGAAAGGAGAACCAUCAGUGCCCUUCCCUGUCACUAAAGGCUCUCCAUUGUUCUUAGUUCCUAUUGAGAAAAUCUCCCCUAAACUGAUAGAGAAGUUCAUUCAAGAAGCGAACAGAGGAGGUGUUAAAACCCGCAGCAGUGACAAGAAAAAAGGAAAACAAACCAAACAAACAAGUAAACAAAAACAACAAGGGUCACAAGUCCUUGUCUUGGUUCCAUCAUCCAUCCCAAACAGCAGUCCAACAAUCCAGGCAUUGACUUCAUCUGAGCAGUUGGAGAGUACUGGAGGCAAGAAGCCACUACUGCUUCUUCCUGCAGACAGAGUGCCAAAGACAAUUGCCAACCAAUCACAGACUGUGCGCCGGAAAAUGGUGAUUACCAUGGUAGCACAGUCAAGUAGUGCGAAGUCUCCAUCGACAUCAGCAUCAACAGCCGCAAGUUCAACAGGUGAUCAGUCAAGUUUUCCUACUUCUGCCAUCCGCUCAGUAAAAGGACCAAUUAUGAGCACACAAGAAGGGAAAAGUAACACGACAUCAGCAGCAAGCUCUGAUGCCAGUAAGUCAGUGGAAGAUUUAACCUCGGUUGUUAAUAACACGUCAGCUCUUAAUUCGCCUGCGAAAGAACGUUUGUUCACUAGUGUGUCAGGGUCAAACGAAUCAACCUCCCAAGCUAAACUGUUGUGUAAGUCUAGCUCAGGAAGAGACGCGGUCCGAGAUUCUUCCGCCGAAAAAUUCCGCGGCAACAAAAAGAGCGCUGGGAAUAAGGAUUCCUCUUCUCAAGGUGCGGCAUCGGCAAUACCCUUGACCGAGAAUGACGUAGAUGGAAAUCGCCGGCUCGCCUGUAGUACAGAUUUCGAUCCGUUAGGGUCGAGUAUGCUUCCCAGUGAUACAACACUAGAUGACUUUUUGAAAGACAUGAACCGAGAUGGAACUGGUAGUGAUGCAAAUGAAAUGCCAUCACUUGACCUGUCGGAAAUUAUCAGCAGCUUCGGAGACAUGCCAGCACAAUCUGGUGGUAACACGCCAGUUGGUGUGUCACUCGGGGACACCACUACCACAAGUGCCGUGGGUCGAUCUGCAGACAGUCAGGUACCAAGCUUUCUUCAAGGGAAGCCGCAUCUUCAGGACGACGACCUCAGCUAUUCAACUACCCGGCGGCAGUCUCCAAGGAGAACUACCGCGCCUACAAAGUCAGCUUCGGGAAGCUCAUCAAGGGAUGUAUCAGAUACAGAUGGCGAGGAUGAAACCAGCGAGGGUUCUAGUCAUGACUACAGCUUGAGAAAAACCUCGUCACCGUUUUCAUCAGGUGCCUCCAAAGACGAUUCAGACGCAGAUGAAGCGAGUCCCUUAAGAAAGCGCCGAAGGGUUCCUACACGAACAAAUACGAGGUCGUCACUUCAAGUAACAUUUGUGUCUGACCGUGGAAUCCCCGCGAAAGUAUCUCACACUUCUCCAGCUAAAACCAAAGGGAAAAAACAUUGAAACAAAAGGGAAUACUUGGUCAUGCUGGGCUCUGCGAGUGCGACUUGAGAGCAUCGAUGCUCUAAUAUAUGCAUUUUUUUUUUGUUUAUUAUGCUGUAUAGUGUGCCUUUUAUCGUGCACCUCUGCAUUAGCAAGCUGCAGUAUAUUCGUUUGAUAAGUAUCGAGUGGUUCUAGCUUUCAGAUCAAAAGUAAAACCGCGGCGUGUGAAUAUCUAUUGAAACUCAAACUUAACCUUGGCUCUGUGCUGUACUGUUUGUUGUUACCUUGGUGGCGGUCUGCAGCUAAAUUCCUUGCUGUGCCUCCAUCAAGAGCCUCGCUACUAUGAACUGAACCCCUUACUCUCCUGCAGGGCCGGGUUGUUCAAAGCUGGCUGAAGGUAACCCAGGGUUAGUGUGAAAUCUGCUUUCAGAUCUGAAAGCUGUGAAAGAAAAUUUAGUACUUUCCCUUUUGUCUACAAUUUGGUGACUGGAUACCUUAAUGAGAAUAAAGGGAAAUAUCUGAAAAUGGGUUUUUUAAAAAUGAAUGAAGGAACCCGGCUUAACAUUUGACUCUGGGUUAGCGCUAACCGAACUUCGAACAACCGAGCUAGAGGUCAGAGAGAUGGAAGAGAUUUGUUGCUAGGCAACAUCAUGUAGAAAGUAAUGACGUCAUGUUGACGUAAUUUUUUCCUUGCAUAACGUUCGUUGAUAAUUGGAUACAAAGAAAACCAUCAUACACUUUGCUUCUCCAGGAAUACUUUACUUUUCGCUUUCCUAGGACGAUAUUGGACGACUGGAUCGCUUUAGAGGUUUUGAUGAUGGAUUUGUUGUUUGUGAACUGUGGUACAUUAUGAUUAGAGGAGUCGUUUUAUAUGUUUACUGUUGUUGAAAUAUAUUUGAAAUCACGUCGCUAGAA